GUUAAUUUAACUAUAGAAAUGCUUUGUAAUAUACUUCUCCACAUAAGCUUCUGUAUCUCACAACUUCUGUGUAUUACCGCCUCUACAGAUGGUGGAAUUAUUUAUAAUACCAAUAAAUAAUUUCUAGAAAAUUCAUCAAGAUCUUGACGAUGAUGGCAGAAGAUUGGAACAAUUGCGCAUACUAGCCAAAUUAGCAGACCGUAUCACUAAUGAGAUGUUCACUUUAUACACGUUGACGAUCUUUGCGUAUAGUAUUGGCAUCCUUUUGCCUGACGUCGACGUUGCCAGUCAAUCCGAAUUACCUCUUCUCUUAAAUUUGGAGCUUCCUGUCGACACAUAAACACAAAACGCAUGUAUAAAACGCUAUUGACAAUGCAAUUCGUGCAUCUGAUUAUGUCUGAUUGUGGAACGGGUCUACUGAACGUCUUGCUCUUAACUUUGACGAUAUUAAUUGAAAAGGUCAGUGAACGGAUAUAAGAAGGUAAAAACAAAAAAAGUAUAGAACACCAUCGAUCGAUCUAUAGAAUUUCCGUUUCUUAUUUUUGCAAUAUUGCCGGACUCACUGUACACUUCAUUCUGUAGACUGAUUUAGAUUACUAUGUUGGCCACUUUUUUCAUUAUCGAUAUCUUAUUAUGCACUCAUACACGCGAUCGAUUUUUCUAAUGUAUGACAAUUAAGUGCAACAUUUAACCAAUUUUUUUAAAUUUAUUAUUUUCCGGCUUUAUCAGUGAUGAGAUGUAAUAACAGUUAUAAUUUGAUACAAAGGUAUUAAAAGUACUUCACAGAAAAGAAUAUUAUACGUCAUUUUUAAUAAUUUUAUUUUUUCAUUUGCUCUAUGCCUUACAUCUCAUACAUUUUACCGAGACCUAAGGGCAAAUAUAAUUUUAGUACGCAAUCGCGUACGGUCCACAAUGUUUCAUAUGGUACUCUAAAUUAUUAAAGCAAAUAAGUCGCGCAAAUGCGCAGUGAGCGACUCACAUGAAAGAAAUUCUAAGAAGUUAAGACAUUAUAACAGUUUAAUAACAUUUCGUGCACUGUUUGUUGCGCAAUUACCUUGUCAUUUCCUUUAGCUUUUCUCCUGGAGAAUCUCUUUUCUGUUCUUUAGAUCUUAAAACUUUUUCAAAUAUCGCUGUAUGUGACUUGAUAUACGCACUGGAUGUACGCACAUCGCCGCGUAUAGAUCAUUACUUAUUUAAGCAAAUUAUUCACGAGUGCAUUGUCAGCGGAGGAAACGCAAGACCACUCUGUUCGCUCUCUUUUUUUUUAAAUUGCAAAAGGUUAUUUCUUCUUAGGGUGCACACAGCAGAAUAAAAAUAUUUAAUGAGCAACUGCUAUUGAUCAAUUGCUUAACGGAGGUAUUUACUUCACAAUGCCCCUAGAAUUUUUCAGUUCUUACGCAAAUUUUCCACAACGCACAUCAAACUGUGGUUGGAGAAUAUCAUUUGAGCGAGAGCAUAUGUUUCUUAUACUUCGACGAGAGUGUUUCUAUAAUAGUAGAAUUUGAUGCCCCGGCUUGUACAUAAACAAUAUUAGAGAAAAACAUUAUGACGAGUAGACGUACGAUCAAUCGCACAGUACAACUCAUGCUGAUCAUGUUCGGUUACUGGCCAGGUAUAUCAUGCGUAGUACUUUACAGAGUGUUUUGGAUGAUAAUGGUAGGAAUUACUGAAUUCUGUCAUUGCCACUACCUCGUAGUGCAUUUUCGUUUCCAUAACCUUUUCGACUUGAUGGAUUGUUUGACUAGCUCCUUGGCGUUUAUAAAACUGUUCUCUAAGCUCUUCAUUUUCUGGUUGAAGCAGCGAAAAUUUUUCGAAAUCUUGACGAUGACGGCAGAAGACUGGAAUGAUUGCGAUAAUACUGGCGUCGAGUUGCGCGAAACGGCAAAAAAAGCGAAACUAUCGAGUCGUAUUGGCAAUGGAAUAAUUAUUCUUCAGACAAUGGCCACGCUUGCAUACGUCAUUGGCAUUUUCCAGGCGUCGAUCGAUGUCGACGUCACCGAUCAAACGGUUGAACUGCCUCUCAUUUUUAAAAUGGAAUACCCCUUCGUUAUAGACACGCAACGCAAGUACAGACUGGUAUUAGCUACGCAAUUCUUUUCCGUAGUAGUGUGCAGUUGGAGCGCUGGUUUAUUCAACGCGUUGUUUCUAACUCUGACUCUACACGUGGGCAGUCAAAUAAACAUCCUAAUUUGCUGGCUGGGAGAAGUUGGAUCUAAAGAUAUCGAGAAAACGCAUGACCGGCAUGACUCAUUCGUUACUGUCAUUACGAAGAUUGUUCGGAAGCAUCAAAAAAUUAUUUACCUCUCAGAGAACAUUGAAAAUCUCUAUUCAUAUAUCGCUUUGGUGCAAUUCGUAUCAAAUACGGUGAUGAUUUGCUCAUUAGGAUUUCUCGUUGUAACCGCAAUCGGAAGCCCCGACGCCAGUGAACAAAUAACGAGGUCUCUUUUAUUUUACGUUGUAACAAGCCUUGAAGCAUUUGUAUUUUGCUUCGCUGGAGAAUAUCUGAGUAAUAAGAGCAAAGCGAUCGGAAACGCAGCGUACAAUUCCGCUUGGUACGAUAUGAAAGCUAAAGAUAGGCGGGUUCUAUUGUUUAUAAUUUUAAGAUCGCAAAGACAAUUGCAGUUUACAGCGGGCAAGAUGGCUGUCCUCUCCUUAGAAUACUUCACAACUAUCAUGAAGGCUUCGGGAUCGUAUUUAUCGGUACUGCUGGCAAUGAAAUAAGCGCGCCGUAAUGUAUAUCUUUCCUAAAUAAUAGUCGUCAAGUAACGAACCAAGAUCAUAUCUGUUGAUUUCUCUAAUUUAGAAAACAUAUUGGGACAGUAUAUACAUACGUAUACAUUUAUUAUCGUAUAUAUAUGUAUAUGUAUGUAUGUAGGAUGUACGUUUAUAUACACAUACACAGUACACACACAUAAAUAUUUUUUAAAUUUAUACUUCUAGACAUCAACAUAAUAUACGUAGUUACUAACUAUAAACAGAAAAUUUUAACAUUGAAGUCAUGAUAUUCUUCUUGCUAGUGUGAGAAAAAUUAUAUGUACUUCUAUAGCUUCUGUAGGACACAAUUUCUGAACUCUUCAAAUAUAUUUCUGCGCAUGUAAACACAUUCUA